CACCUGCUGACGGGGUGCAGAGGUGCCUGGAAAUGCACACUCUUCAUCACGCCGAACAAUGGCAGGUGUUUAUACUUCCAAAAGCCUGGGGAUUAAGACUUUUUGUCAUCUCUCCAUUUCCCUCUCUUCAGUAUAUCCUUGUUCCUUCCAGGUGAUUGUCAACACAAUUUUCCACGAGUUCCACUUCAUGAUUUCCUACACUAUAUUAGUGUUCUUUCUUACACGCCGUGCUGUGCCUAAUGGCUUACCAUUUCUGUGUCUUUUCAGACGACAUCCUUUGCGGUUCCAUAGCACAUGGAUUUCAGAACCGCCUGUGAGGAGACAAAGACAGGAAUUUGUUUGCUGCAGGAUGGUAACCAGGAGCCUUUCAAAGUCCGGCUGCACUUAGCCAAAGAUAUUUUGAUGAUCCAGGAACAGGAUGUGAUAUGUGUGUCUGGUGAGCCUUUCUAUUCUGGUGAAAGAACGGUGACCAUCAGAAGACAAACAGUAGGAGGAUUUGGAUUAAGCAUAAAGGGAGGAGCAGAACAUAACAUUCCAGUUGUUGUUUCAAAAAUCUCCAAGGAGCAAAGAGCGGAGCUUUCAGGCCUACUUUUUAUUGGAGAUGCAAUUCUACAGAUAAAUGGCAUUAAUGUGAGAAAAUGCAGACAUGAAGAAGUGGUUCAGGUUCUUCGGAAUGCUGGAGAAGAAGUGAAUCUAACGGUGUCAUUUUUAAAAAGGGCACCUGCUUUCCUCAAACUUCCAUUGAAUGAAGAUUGCGCAUGUGCUCCAAGUGAUCAGAGCAGUGGCACCUCCUCUCCUCUCUGUGACAGCGGCUUACAUCUCAACUAUCAUCCCAACAAUACAGACACAUUGUCAUGCUCAUCGUGGCCGACAUCUCCAGGCUUGCGGUGGGAGAAGCGGUGGUGCGACCUCAGGCUGAUCCCUCUACUUCAUUCUCGCUUCUCUCAGUAUGUGCCCGGCACAGAUUUGAGUCGGCAGAAUGCCUUUCAAGUCAUUGCUGUGGACGGGGUGUGCAGUGGGAUUAUUCAGUGCCUCUCUGCUGAAGACUGCAUUGACUGGCUGCAAGCAAUAGCGACUAAUAUUUCAAAUCUCACAAAGCACAAUAUUAAAAAAAUCAACAGAAACUUUCCUGUAAAUCAACAGAUUGUCUACAUGGGCUGGUGUGAGGCCCGGGAGCAAGACCCCCUUCAGGACAGAGUGUACUCCCCAACCUUCCUGGCCCUGAGGGGCUCAUGUCUAUACAAGUUUCUGGCACCUCCAGUAACCACCUGGGACUGGACGAGAGCAGAGAAAACAUUCUCGGUUUAUGAGAUUAUGUGCAAGAUCCUCAAGGACAGUGACCUGCUGGACCGGCGGAAACACUGCUUCACCGUGCAGUCGGAGUCUGGGGAGGACCUGUACUUCUCAGUGGAGCUGGAAAGUGACCUCGCCCAGUGGGAAAGAGCCUUCCAGACAGCAACCUUUCUAGAAGUAGAACGGAUACAGUGCAAGACCUAUGCAUGUGUGCUAGAAAGUCAUCUAAUGGGACUCACGAUUGACUUCAGCACAGGAUUUAUCUGCUUUGAUGCUGCAACAAAGGCUGUCCUUUGGAGGUAUAAGUUUUCUCAGCUUAAAGGUUCUUCAGAUGAUGGCAAGAGCAAAAUCAAAUUUUUGUUUCAGAAUCCAGAUACUAAACAGAUUGAAGCAAAGGAGUUGGAAUUUUCAAAUUUAUUUGCUGUUCUUCACUGCAUUCAUUCCUUCUUUGCUGCCAAGGUAGCAUGUUUGGACCCUCUAUUUUUAGGCAAUCAGGCUUCUGCUUCUGCUGCUGCCAGCUCUGCUACCACGAGCAAAGCAAAGUACACAACUUGACAUACUAAGCUCUGCAUUGAUACUCACCAUAACUGUAUAAACAGAACACAUUUAUUCAUCAUUUUAGACCCUGGAAAAUCCAUAACAUGUCAACAGUGGAGGAAAAAUUGAAAUUUCAGCAGAAACAAAGAAGGUCAUGUGGAAUCUCAAAAACACUUCUAUUUUGGAUGGCAUCUGUAACAUAUAACACAUGAACAAAACAGCUCGUUCUCACUCAGUUGCUUUGUACCAGUAAGUAUAUUGCUUUCACCAAAAGUGGAGACAAAAGAAUGAAUUAUUUGAAGAAGUAUGUAAAUAAUAUAAAAAUAGUAAGCUACCUAUAAAUAAAAAUACUUAUUAAAUGGUUACUUCUGUAUUUUAGAUUAUUUUGUAUGACAAGUACAUGUUGGGCAGAAUCAUAAACUAAUGCCCUAUCAUUGUAUUAUGAGGGCCAUCAAAGAGUUAAAAAUCAUAAAUCAACAAGGAGCAUGCAAAAAAAUCUCAUCAAAGAAGGAUGCACUUUCAUUUGCUGAUGUAAAUAUGCCCUUGUGUUCUCAUCCCAUGAUUGACGCUGGCACUCCAGUGGUUUUUAUCUUAUUGUAAAUAUUCCAAAGAACUUCAAAAAGAUAAUCACAUUGACCUAUGAGAGAUACAAUGUGAAAUGGACUAUUCUCCCUGGGAUCAGUGUUACUGAAAUGGUUUAUUUGCUGCCAAUGUCAAUCUACUAUGCCAAAAAUGUAUUAAUUUAAUUACGAGUGAUGAAAAGUUUCAUGAACCUCUCAUUUCUUCCUUCAUUUUAAAAAGACUUAUAUUUUACCUAAUAAGAUUUAUUAUCAAAGUUCCAUAAAUUUUCAAUGACCCCCAAACCUUUUGUAGAGAAAAUAAUAUAAAAAAUACAGUGUGAGAAACAAUUGUUUGUAAUCUGAAAUCUACUAGUAAAUCAUGAACUGAAAUGUCCCUAGAAAGCAGUCCCAAAGCUAUUAUAUAUGUUAGUUAAAUGACAUUUUUCCAUUUUAGUGCCAUUUUAUGUGGAACAAAGGUGAUAUUUAAAGAUAAACAUUAAAAAUCUUUAUCCUCCCUUUUCAUGGAAGUGAUUAAGUAAUGCCAAACUAUGCAGGUUAUUUUAGAUAUUUUGUCCUAAGAAUGUAAAUGUGAAAAGGCUGGGAAAUUUGAAAGCUUUAGAGUUGUGCAAUUUACUCAGAUUCCAGGUACAAUUAUACAGCUAGUUGUAUAACAUGAAACACAUUCUCUAUCCUUUAGUAUAGCUUUUUUGAGACCUUCUUUUAAAAAGUCAGCUGUGUAUGUAAAAAACAAAUAAACAAACAAACAUUUUUAUUGAUACACAUGCUCCUAGGUAAACCAAACAUUACAUGUGCCCAUGUGGAGAUAAUCAAGUAUCUAAUAAAGUGAUUCAAUAUUUU